CGGGUCGGCGCGGACGCGGGCGGCGCGCUCGAGCGGCUGGCGGCGCGGGAGGCGGCGCUGGCUGCGCAGCACGCGGGCGCGCUGUCCGAGUUCGCGGCGGCGCGGCGCGCGCUGGCGGAGGCGCAGGAAGAGGCGGCGGCGCGCGCGGACGGGGUCGGGGCGCGGGACUCAGAGCUGCACCGGCUGGGGGCGGCCCUUGAGGAAGCUAAGGGGGCGCUGGAGGAGCGCGGCAGCAGCCUGAGCGACGCAUCCCCGCUGGUGCGCAUCAAGGCGGCGAUCGCGGCGCUGAGGGGGGAGCUCGGCGGCAUGGAGGUGCGCAUCGGCGUGGUGAGCCACGCGCUGACUCAGCUGAGCCUGAGCGACAAGCAGGCGGCGGCGCGCGACGCGGCGGCGCGGGGCGGGGAGGGCUCGGCGGCUUCGGCGGCGGUGGCGGGGCCGGGGCCGGGGCCGGGCGCGCGAGGCGGGAAGCGGGGGGUGCGGCUGUGA